CACACGCCAUUCUCUCCCUCCGAUGGCGAUCGCCGCUCCUCCGUCCACCCUCUCCUUCUCCCCCACUCGCACCCACGCGCUUCUCUCCUUCACGCGCUUCCCUUCCCUCUCCUCUUCUUCCACCAAGCCUCACCUCCGCCGUCUCACCCUCUCCGCCCGCCUCAACUCUAUCUCCCCCGACAACGGCGACCUCCAGGGCGAGCUCUUCCACGGCUUCUCCCCUCAGCUCCGCGGCCGCGGCUCCCCGGUCUUCGUCACCAUGCCGCUCGACUCCGUCGACCCCGUCGGCGGCCAGGCCCGCCGCCGCAAGACGAUGAGCCAGUCGUUCAAGGCGCUCGUCGCCGCUGGAGUCGAGGGAGUGGUGAUGGAGGUGUGGUGGGGAAUCGUGGAGAGGGAUCAGCCUCGGCUCUACAACUGGCAGGGCUACUUGGCCAUCGUCGAGCUCGCGAAGCGGUGCGGAUUGAAGGUCCGGGCCGUCCUGGCGUUCCAUCAGUGCGGCACUGGGCCUUCCGACCCGAAUUGCAUUCCCCUGCCUCUGUGGGUACUUGAUGAGAUUGCUAAAGAUCCAGAUUUAGCGUAUUCUGAUCGAUUUGGGAGGAGGAAUACGGAGUACAUUUCGCUCGGAUGUGAUAGCCUUCCUGUCUUGCGAGGGCGUUCGCCGCUUCAAGCAUAUGCGGAUUUUAUGAGGAACUUCAGGGACACUUUUCAACAUUUAAUUGGUGUUAUCAUAAUAGGAAUUCAAAUCGGAAUGGGUCCUGCCGGUGAAUUAAGAUAUCCUUCUUGCCCUACUCAGAAGCUAACAUCAGCUUGGCGGACUCGUGAGCUAGGAGAGUUUCAGUGCUAUGAUAAGUAUAUGCUCGCAUCUCUUAAUGCACGUGCUAGGGAGAUUGGAAUGCCUGAAUGGGGAAAUGGUGACCCUAUUGGUGCCUCCAACUUGAUGCAGAACCCUGAGGAAACAAAGUUUUUCAAAAGUGAUGAUGGGUCGUGGAAUACAUCAUAUGGCACAUUCUUUCUUGAAUGGUAUUCAGGAAUGCUGCUUCUGCAUGGAGAAAGGUUAUGCAGGGAAGCUGAGGCCAUUUUUUGGGGUACAAAAGCUAAUACGUCAGCAAAAGUAGCUGGGUUGCACUGGCAUUAUCUCACUCAGUCUCAUCCAUCUGAGUUGACAGCUGGGUAUUUCAACACAUCAACAAGGGAUGGAUACUUACCAAUUGUUCGCAUGUUAGCUAGGUAUGGGUUUAGUUUAUGCUGCCCAUGUUUUGACUUGCAAGAUCUGGAUGAGAGGCCGAUGAAUCCAGUUAGUAGCCCGGAAGGUUUUCUUAGACAGCUGCUCUCAGCUGCUAGGGUGUGUGACAUACCUGUAGAGGGUGAACCUUCUGCAGCCAGCUUGGAUGAUAAAUCAUAUCAGCAGGUGGUGAAGAUGUCAACGUAUUACUCUUAUGGUCUAGAAAAGCCCUCCUUCUCGUUCAACUUUGUGAGGAUGGAUAAGAAUAUGUUUGAAUUGCAUAACUGGGUUCGUUUUACUCGUUUUGUGAGGCGAAUGUCAGAUGUCAAUAUUUUUCGAGCCAAGCUAGAUGUUGAUGCAAGGGCAGAUUCACGACGAUUUUCUACCUCAUCAGACGUUGCAAAAUUUGGUAUGGCUUCUGCAUAUUGUUAGGAAUGUUCGCUCAACACACUGGAAAUGUUCAUAGUAAAUGUUGGAUGCUCACUCCUUGCAAGCCAAUGUGAUGUCAAUUCGUACAUAAGAUGAUUACCAGUAUCAGACAAUUGUGAGAUGUGUAGUAAUUCCUCAUUUUUCUUGUAGAUCGAUUCGGAUAAGCAUUGUUCUUCUGGAGAGAGCUAUUACAAUGCAUUGUAAAUUUGUAAACCACUGCCUUCCUCGUAUUUUUAGAAUGGUUGGCUUAUCAACUCUAGUCUCUAGCUGUUUGAGGCUUGGAUAACAUGCCAAGUGUUUUUUUUUUUCAAUGCUUGGCUUACCAUGACUUAUGUGCAGUGGCAGAGCUACAU